AACUCCUUAAAGCUUCCGGUGUAGAGGAGACAAAACUGUCGCGCCGUUAACGUGACAGUCUGUUUUCGGCUGUUUUUUUGGCCUUUUAUUACAUUUUUUUCGUGUAGCUUUGAUGCUAUGGCUUGGAUAGUUUGAUUUAUUACUAACAUUUGGUUACGUUUGAUGCACGCGCGUGUGCAGCGGUCAGCAGGGACGGAUUUUAACGGUAACCUUGGUGGUCGUUUCCGGUCAUUUUACCCCAAAAUAAAACAUGUCGGGGGUCUGUCGCGGGAUGAGCUCUGUGUCAUUCAAGAUCCUGACUGAAGCUACACGUUUGUCACCAUGCGCGUCGUUUGUGCCGGCACGCAGCAAAUUCUCCAAAGCAAGAAUCCCAAAAGAGAUUUUUGCAGAGAGAUCACAAGAACAUGAGAAAUAUGGAGGAGAUCCAGAACAACCUCACAAACUGCACAUAGUGACACGAGUCAAAAGUGUGAUGCGAAGACCGUACUGGGAGAAAGACAUGGUGAAACAUCUGGGGCUUGAAAAGGCACACGUACCUGUAAUCCACAAAAACACACCAGCAGUCAAUCACCAACUGAAAUUCAUCAAGCACCUUGUAAGGAUCCAGCCGCUGAAGACGCCCUAUGGGCUCCCUGCUGAACAGGACAUGGCGGACACCUACAUCAACAGCAAAGGAGAGCUGAUUGUUCGUCGCCUCCUCCAACCUGUCGAGCCCAAAGCUGUCGAAUCAUAGCCACGCUUUCACUCGUGUUAAUUUAUAGUGAAGUCGUUUAUCAACAUUAUGGAAAAUCUUGUGCGUCAAUCUUUCUGUUCUGGUUCCAAAUACACAGAGAAAACUUGUAAUCUGUCUCAUGACAGUUGAGCUACAGACUUCAGGUUCAGAUUCUUUAUUAAACACGACCUGUAAAAAAAAAUUAAAAAUUAAAGCUCUUUUGAAAUAAAA